UCAAAAAGAAGAUGCAGCUUGACAUUUGACGGUUUGACAUUUCUUUGCUAACAAAAAACAGAAUAUACCAAACUUCAGAAAUAAAAAUGAAAUUAUUUUGAUGAAAGUCUAAAUAAUACAUAGCCAUUCAUAUAAUACUGUUCUUUUCAGAUAUUGUUACAAAUUUAAAAUUGUGCUUUAAAAAACUCAAUUUUUCGGAUCCAUUUUUGGUGACGUUUUUAAAUUGCCAAACCCUCGUCAACGUGUAAUAUUUUACAUAAAUUCAAAAUAUAGAUGAAACUGAAUCAAUCCAAAAAUGCAGAGAUUAUUAGUUUUUAUUUUAUUGAAUAACCUCUUGGUUAAUGCGUUUUAUCUGCCAGGUUUAGCUCCUGUAAAUUAUUGCAAAAAGGAAGAGGAGACUGAUACUUGUAAAUCUGAUGUCAAGUUAUUUGUGAAUAGGUUGAAUACCGAUGAAUCAAACAUACCAUAUGAAUAUAGUCAUUUUGAUUUUUGUCUUCCUGACAGUAAUGAAAAAUCUCCAGUUGAAAAUUUAGGACAAGUUGUGUUUGGCGAGAGAAUAAGACCAUCAAAGUAUAACAUUGAGUUCAUGAAGAAUGAUACUUGUAACAUUGUUUGCAUUAAAAAAUACUCUGGAGACAAUAAUGAUGAUAACUUAAAACUUGGCAGGCUAAGGAAAGGUAUUAGUCUCAACUAUCAACAUCACUGGAUAGUUGACAACAUGCCUGUUACUACUUGUUACGAAGCAGAUGAUUGUAGAACUGGUUUUCCAAUGGGAUGCUAUUCUAGGAAUGGUAGACAUAAUUGUAUAAAAGAUGUUGGUAGAGAUGAUGCGUAUUAUAUCUACAAUCAUGUAAAUUUAACUAUUACAUAUCACUCAGGAGCUAAAGAAGAAUGGGGUACUAACUUUCAAGGAAAUGGAGGAAGAAUUAUUUCAGUUAAAGUGAUUCCAAGAAGUAUUGCUUAUAAAAGUAAAGAAUGUUCUCUAAGUGAAACUGAGCCACUUAUGAUACCUUUGAAAAAUCUUCAGAGUGGAGAAACAUUUGAAAUAAUGUACACUUACAGUAUAACUUUUGUUGAAAAUAAUAAUGUCAAGUGGUCUUCAAGAUGGGAUUACAUCCUGGAAUCAAUGCCUCAUACCAACAUUCAAUGGUUCAGUAUUUUAAAUUCAUUGGUUAUUGUAUUAUUUUUAUCUGGAAUGGUAGCUAUGAUUUUACUCCGUACAUUGCAUAAAGAUAUUGCAAGGUAUAAUCAAAUUGAUAAUGGAGAAGAUGCUCAGGAGGAAUUUGGAUGGAAACUUGUUCAUGGAGAUGUUUUCAGGCCUCCACGAAAAGGCAUGCUUCUCUCAGUACUGUUGGGAUCUGGAGUUCAAGUUUUUUUCAUGAGUUUGGUAACUCUAGCUUUCGCAUGUUUGGGAUUUCUCAGCCCAGCUAACAGAGGUGCACUUAUGACUUGUGCUAUGGUAUUGUAUGUGCUGUUAGGAUCUCCUGCAGGCUAUGUUUCAGCAAGAAUUUACAAAAGUUUUGGAGGUGAAAAAUGGAAGUCAAAUGUAUUAUUAACAUCAAUGCUAUCACCUGGAAUCAUAUUUGGACUGUUUUUCAUCAUGAAUCUAGUACUGUGGGGAAAUGAUAGUUCAGCUGCUAUACCAUUUAGCACAUUAGUGGGACUUUUGGCUCUCUGGUGGUUGGUAUCAGUGCCACUUACCUUUGUUGGGGCAUUCUUUGGAUUCAGAAAGCGGGCUUUGGAACAUCCAGUACGAACGAACCAAAUUCCGAGAUUGAUACCAGAGCAAUCGGUGUAUACUCAACCUAUACCGAGCAUAAUAAUGGGUGGAGUAUUACCAUUUGGUUGCAUCUUUAUACAAUUAUUCUUCAUUCUAAAAUCUAUCUGGUCUUCACAAAUGUAUUACAUGUUUGGAUUCCUUUUCCUAGUCUUUAUAAUCCUUGUUAUAACUUGUGCGGAAACUACAAUUUUAUUGUGCUAUUUCCACCUUUGCGCCGAGGAUUAUCAUUGGUGGUGGAGGUCAUAUUUAACUUCAGGUUUUACAGCAGUUUAUCUAUUUUUAUAUUGCUGUCAUUAUUUCUUCUCAAAACUUCAGAUAGAAGGUAGUGCUUCGGGGUUUAUUUAUUUUGGAUAUACUUUAAUCAUGGUAUUUUUAUUCAAUCUUUUGACAGGCACAAUUGGUUUCUUUGCUUGCUUUUGGUUUAUCAGGAAAAUUUAUAGUGUGGUUAAAGUCGACUGAAGCCGAUUCAAUAAUUGUUUUUUAUAUUAUCAAAAAUUAUAUGUGAUUUGUUUAAACACCUUUAAAUUAUGUCCUAGUUGUUUAUUAUUCUUACUGUCUAUUUGUAAGUGGUUAUCAUUUCUUUUAUGUUAUUUACUAUGUAUCAGAACAUACGUGGCUGUGUAGUACUACUACAUAAACACUCCAUUUUUAAUGUUGGUUCUAACAAUAUUAUUUAUUGAAAAGUACAGGGUUUUUUAAAAGUAUGAAUGAAUCAAAAAUUCAGUUGAAAAAAUUCAGUGCAAUGCAAGAAACAAAAAUAACUUGUUGAGUGAAUUACCAAUUAUACUUAUUUCUACUAGUGAUAUAUUUUUAUAGUUUGCCUAUGACUCUGCAUUGGUCCCGAUUUUCCUGCAAAAUUUUUAGCUGUUACAUUUUUACCUUUUGAUUUUUUAAUUUCCCAGGAGUUUAAAGUGGAGUGUUCAUUAACAUGCUUCUGUAUUUCACGAUAAAUAAUUUUAUUUAUAUAUUGCCACCUAGUAUUUUAUUAAUUUCAUAAAUUAAUUACCCUCGAUACGAGGGUAACAAGCAUAUUAAUAAGUUAAGACAGUAAGUUGUUGAAAAGUUUUUUGUGCUUCGGGAUAUGUAGAUAAAAAGUAUGCCUCUCUUCAUUAUCGGGUUAUUUUCUACUAUUUCAAUAAUUUCACAAGGAAUAUGCUUUUUUGGGUUUUUAUUGUACUACCAAAACAUGAUUUCAAAUUGUUCCAUUUAACCACUGAAUAAAUUUAUGUUAUGAU